GUGAAAUGUUUACCGCUCCACCUACACACCACCCCCACCCCCGCCUUAUAGCUCCCCUCCCAGGGAGCAGAUCUCUGAGAGCACAGAGCAGCCCUGCCCUCUGUCCACCUGCCUGGAGCCCUUGACCAUGGCGGCCCUGGCAGCCACAAUAUCCAAGCGCCGUGCUGCGGCCGAGGGUCUUGGCUCCAACCAGAAAGCCGUGAAGUACUUGGGCCAGGACUUCGAGACCCUGAGGCAGCAGUGCUUGGACUCAGGGGUCCUAUUUAAGGACCCAGAGUUCCCAGCAUGCCCAUCAGCCUUGGGCUACAAGGACCUCGGACCACACUCCCCCCAAACUCAAGGCAUCGUCUGGAAGCGGCCCACGGAAUUGUGUCCCAGCCCUCAGUUUAUCGUUGGCGGAGCCACGCGCACAGACGUUUGUCAGGGUGCUUUAGGUGACUGCUGGCUGCUGGCGGCCAUCGCCUCCCUCACCUUGAACGAAGAGCUGCUUUACCGCGUGGUGCCCAGGGACCAGAACUUCCAGGAGAACUACGCAGGAAUCUUUCACUUUCAGUUUUGGCAGUACGGCGAGUGGGUGGAAGUGGUCGUGGAUGACAGGCUGCCCACCAGGGCCGGGGAGCUGCUCUUCCUGCACUCCGGAGAGGGCCGUGAGUUCUGGAGUGCGCUGCUGGAGAAGGCCUACGCCAAGCUCAACGGCUCUUACGAGGCUCUCGCUGGAGGGUCCACAGUGGAGGGGUUUGAGGAUUUCACAGGUGGCAUCUCUGAGUUUUAUGACCUGAAGAAGCCGCCGGCCAGUUUGUAUCAGAUCAUCCGCAAGGCCCUCCGUGCGGGGUCUCUGCUGGCCUGCUCCAUUGAUGUCUCCAGUGCAGCUGAAGCAGAAGCCAUCACUAGCCAGAAGCUGGUUAAGAGUCACGCCUACUCCAUCACUGGAGCGGAAGAGGUGGAUUUCCGGGGCCAUCGGGAGAAGCUGAUCCGACUCAGGAACCCCUGGGGCCAAGUGGAGUGGACCGGGGCCUGGAGCGACAAUGCACCAGAAUGGAAUUACAUAGAUCCCAGACAGAAAGAAGGGCUGGACAAGAAAGCCGAGGAUGGAGAGUUUUGGAUGUCUUUUUCGGAUUUCUUGAAGCAGUUCUCUCGACUGGAGAUCUGCAACCUCUCCCCCGACUCCCUGAGCAGCGAGGAGGUGCAGAAGUGGAAUCUGGUUCUGUUCAAUGGGCGCUGGACGCGGGGCUCCACCGCUGGCGGCUGCCAGAACUACCCAGCCACUUACUGGACCAAUCCGCAGUUCAAAAUCCAUCUGGACGAGGUGGAUGACCACCAGGAGGAGGGCAUUGCUGAAGCCUGCUGCACGGUGCUGCUGGGGCUGAUGCAGAAGAACCGUAGGCGACAGAAGAGGAUGGGACAGGGCCUGCUCAGCAUCGGCUAUGCUGUCUACCAGGUCCCCAAAGAGCUGGAGAGUCCCACGGACGCGCACCUGGGCCGGGACUUCUUCCUGGGCCGCCAGCCCUCCGCCCGCUCUAGCACCUACGUCAACCUACGCGAGGUCUCCGCGCGCCUGCGCCUGCCGCCGGGGGCGUACGUGGUCGUGCCGUCCACCUUCGAGCCCUUCCGGGACGGCGACUUCUGCCUGCGGGUGUUCUCCGAGAAGAAGGCCGAGGCCCUGGAAAUUGGGGAUGUGGUAGCUGGAAACCCACAUGAGCCACACCCCAGCGAGGUGGCUCAAGAAGACGGUCCGCUCCAGAGCCUGUUUGAGAAGCUUGCAGGGAAGGAUUCUGAGCUUGGUGCCAAUGAACUCAAGAUGGCUCUGAAUGAGGUGUUUUCCAAGCGAUCUGACAUAAAAUUCAACGGCUUCGACAUCAACACUUGCAGGGAGAUGAUCAGCCUGAUGGAUAGCAAUGGGACAGGCACCUUGGGGCUGGUGGAAUUCAAGACGCUCUGGUGGAAGAUUGAGAAGUAUCUGGAGAUCUACCGGGAAACCGAUGCUAAGCACUUGGGGACCAUCGAUGCCCAUGAGAUGAGGGCGGCCCUCCAGAAGGCAGGUUUCACCCUCAACAACCAGGUACAGCAGACCAUCGUCACGCGGUAUGCAUGCAGCAAACUGGGCAUCGACUUUGACGGCUUCCUCGCUUGUAUGAUCCGCCUGGAGACCCUCUUCAAAAUCUUCAGCCUUCUGGACAAGGACCAGAACGGCAUCGUCCGGCUCUCUCUGGCUGAGACCUGCAUUUUGCCGGCAAAGGAAUCCCCCCUGUAUCCUGCCUGGUCCUGGAAGGCUCGCCUUGUGAUGUGGGGACAAAGCCCCGACUGUGAGUAAACUUGUAUGCUGCCUUGUUUUUCCUUUUUGUAUGAGGACCCCCCCCGGGAGUCCGGGGCCCACCCUGGCCUCCUGCUCUUCUGUCUUGCAAGAGUUUCAGGGGUGGGGGUGGGACCUCUGGAGGGGGGGGCAGUCAGAUCCCAGGGCACCUGGGGGAGAUGCAGGUUUGGGACUUUGGUGGGAACAGGGUGACUCUGGAGGCCCAGGGGUGUCAUUCUGAUCGUACCCCUGGGCCUCCAGGUGGAAGACACGUCCUCUUCCCUUCCUCCUCCUCCCUGUCUCCCCACCCCCUCAGGACCCCCCCUUUCUCUGUCUCCAUCUUCCCCGUUUCUUCCCUUCCUCCUCCUCCCUUCCAGCCCCACCUCCUCUUGUCAAUCAAAAUCAUGUGCCGGGUCCUGUUUCUGGUGCAGCCCUAGGUACAUGCACUGUAAGAUGGGAGAUGGGCAGCGGACAAGGAGGUUAAGUUCAUGGUCAUGGGCACAGAGAAGGGCUGUGAAGAAGAGGAAGCAGGGAGAGGACAUGUUGGGAGAGGGGUGCCGUCACCUAGGGUGGUCAGGGAGGACCCCUCCAGGAGGGGACCAUGGGUAAGACGUGGGUGAUGAGAAGGAGGCCACCCUGUGGGGAUCUGGGGGAAGAAGAGCCAGACAGAGUCCCUGAGGUGGAACCAGGCUGGAAGGACAGAAAGGAACCAGAGGGAAGGGAGAGGUUGGAGGAGGACCGGGAUGGAGAGCGGGCAGGACAGGAGCAGGGAGGGCCAGCCAGCCCAGGAGGGUGCACUUGGGGCCUGAUGGGAGCUUGGGGAAGCAGAGAUGUGAUUCCUGACACAGGGACUGUAGGAAGGCAGGGGUGGAGGCUAAGGGACAGUGGCUGGUCUUGGGUAGCAGCAGCAGCAACCGUGAGAAGUGAUCAAAUCUGGGGUAGAUAUGGGAGGUAUAUACUCUGGGACGAGUACAGAUUUGGGAGGAGUGGUCGGAUUUGGGAGGUAUGGACACUGGGAUGCACAGUGAACUGAUGUGGGUGAGAACAGAGGGACAGGAAGGAAGCCCUCUAAGUGUUGAGUUGCUGGAGGAUGCGUUUCGCGGAGAUACGGACCUCUUGGGAUGGAGGGGGCAGAAUCUAAUAGGAGGUGGGGGAGGCUCAGUGGUUCAGCUCGGCCAUCUCAGGUAUUGGGGUAGGCAUCUGAGUAGAGAUGUUGAGAAGGCAACAGCUCUGUGGCUUUGGAGUUCAGGGGUGAUAUCAGGGGUAUACACUUGGGAGUCACCAGGAUAAAGAUGGAAUUUAAAGCCACAACAUUGGCUGAGCUCCUUAGGAGGAACCUGGGGGUAAAGAAGAGAAGAAGGCCAGGAAUAGAGUUCCAGGGAUCCUUAAGAUUUAGAGGUCUAGGGGCAGUGGGGAGGGGGCAUCAAAAAGAAGACUUAGGAUGGGCAGGAAAUGAGAUGGGAGUUGAGUGCAAGGACAUGGGCGUGUCAGUUAUUGCUGUGUAACAAAUAAGCCCCAAAUCUCCAUGAUUUACUGUAAUAAGCUUUAUUUAACCUCAAGCCUGGGGGUCAGUGGGGCCCAGAUCUUCCAUGUUGGCUCAGCAAGGGCCAUUCCAUUGGGUUGCCCAUGUCUCUUACCAUCCUCCUGGCACAGUGGCCUUCUCUUCUUGGUGGUGGCAGAGGUGCAGAGAGCAAGCCCAAUCACGCAAGCACUUGUCCCGCCUUUGGUCACGUCACACUGCCUAACCUUCCAUUGGCUGAAGCAAGGCACGGGGUAGAAAUUAAAGUCAAGGCACCAGAAAAUACACACCCUCUCUUUGGUGGAAGGAGCUGCAGAAUCACAUGGCGAGGUUUGCAUCCCCAGAGGGGUGAUGCCUCAGCCAGGAGUGUAACCUGCCACAAAGAUUGGGAGGAAAUUGUUUCCAGGAAGACUGAGUGGCCAGCCUGGCCAAACUCCCCUGAGACGUCAAGGAAGAUGAAGACAAAGACUUGACCAUGGCAUUGGACCAGACGGUGGCUGAUGACAGUUGCAGCAGAGUCUGGGGACGAGAGGAUCCCUGAGGCAGACCAGUGAAGACAGGAUGGACAACCCGGAGACAGGGACACAGAGCAGGCUGUUAAGU